UCUCGUUUUCCUCUCUGCCAAGGUCCUCUUGCUCCUACUCCUCCAUGGCCAGGUCCAUCUCCUUCUCUUCUUCUUCCCCCUGCAUCAGCACAUCCUCCUCCUUCACCUCUCUGGCCAGGUCCUCUUCCUUCUGCUCCUUCUCUGUGGACAACUCCUAAUCCUCCUCCACUUCCUUUUCCUCCAGAGCCAGUACCUGCUCUUCCUUCUCCUGCAUGGCCACAUCCUCCUCCUCCUCCAUUGACAGGUCCUCUCCCUCUUCCUCCAUAGGCAGGUGCUCCUCUUCCUGCUCCAUGGCCAGGUCCUUCUCUUCUUCCUUUUGCUUCAUCAUCAGGUGUUCCUCUACCAGGGCCAUGUCCUUCCUUUACCACCUUCUUCCUCUUCCUUUACCUUCUUCUUCCUCCUCCUUUUCUGUGGUCAAGUCCUCUUCCUCUUCUAUGGAGAGGUACUCCUCCUCUUCUGCAGACAAGUUCUCCUCCUCCUCCUACUUUUCUGCAGACACGUUCUCGUUCUCCUCCUACUCUUCUGCAGACAGGUUCUCAUCCUCCUCCUUCUCCUCUUCUACGGAUAUGUCCUCCUCCUCUUUUAUGGUUAGGUCCUCCACCUCCUCCUCUUUUUCUGUGAUCAGGACUUGCUCUUCCUGCUUCUCCUCCUCCUCUGUCUCUAGCUCUUCCUCCCCUUCUGUGGCUGAGUCUUCAUCCUCCCCUGUCUUCUCCUCGGGAGCAAGGUCCUUCUCUGACUGGCCGGUGGGGUCUCUGCGUCAGAGCGUGACUCUUGCUGGGGAUGGGGGAAGAGGAAAGACAGGGGUGUGA